GUUCUAUUGUUGAUUACCCUAGACCUAUCCCGCAGCAUCUUCAUAAUAAGCCCAGGUAAUGUACUCAGACUAGGUCGACGCCAUCUUUACACGUCACACAUUUGCAUCAUCAUCAUCAUCAUGGCCCCAGAGCGUCAGAAGGCCAAGGGCACGUCAAAAAUGCGCUCUAAGCCCAGGGAUCGCAGGGGAGGUAUUUCCUCCUCGUCGUCAUCUUCAUCCAAUAUGCGUGCAACCAGACCCCAGAACACCAUUUUGCGAUACCUGCAGUCAAGUUCGCCGUUGCCCGUGGUGUCCGGAAGAAGAACGGCGUCAACACCGGCAAGCUCCGGCACGCUGCGGUCGGACUUCUCCUCUGCCACCAGCAGCAGUACCUCUGCCAGCAGACUAGGCAAUGACACUGGCAUAGGCUCUGUCGCAACAAAACCUGCCUUCCCCGAGCCAUCUUGUCUGAGCUCAGACAUUUCUUCAUCACCUAACGACUCCUCAGUGAAUGCCAGGUUGCAACGAUGCAGAAAUUUGGAUGAGCCGGCCUCACCUAGACCUCUAGUCAGAUGGCAAUACGGCCGAAAGGAAUGUAUACCAGAUUCCAUGGAGGACAGUAUGACAGACGCAGCUGCUCUGGACAGUGACGUGCUGCCGAAUGACCAUUCACCAGUAUUCGGCUCCGAUAUGCAGAUCGACCUGGCGGAGGAGGACGAGAGCGCGUGGUAUAUCCCUUCGACAACUUCACGCAGUCACGGGUCCUACCCAUAUGAUGAUGGCAUGAACGGCGACGAAGACCUACGCGACAAUAACAUUAUGACGGACGAGCAUCCUCCCGACGAAGCGCACAAUGAAGAACGAGCCGAGCCCCUCGCUGGCGAGCUGCCUAGCCGCCAGGAAAUUUACAAUUGGGUCGAAGAGGAAGGCUUGGACGAAGGAGAGAAGCUGGCUCGACGUAUCGUCUAUAUCCUCACCGCCGGCCUGGUGUCAUGCCCGGCGAAUCAACACAAGGACCAAGACGCAUUGCACCUCGCGAACUGCCGCCGCCAUCUGCACCUACGUGAGACAUGGGCUGGGUCCAGCGCAAGAGUCAGCGGCUUGUCCUUCGCCGAGCGAGAGGAACAGUCACGACAGUUCGGCCUGGACCGGACCGUCCGGCCCCUUGAUGCGUCCGUCACGGGUCUUCGUCGCGACCAGCUGCCGCCGGCCAGCCGGCUAGAGGCCCAAUUCGCGGGCUGGCACGAGGACCAAGACUGGUUGGACGCCGAGGUCUGCCUCCACAGAGACGACGUGGCGGAGCGGAAGUUGGCGCCCGCCAUCCACGACAUCGACAGCUUCCUACACGUCACGAAAGACCCGCACAGCCUGAGAGGGCCGCUGAACAUAUGCAUCACGGCCCAACCGAGCCUCCUCCUCACCAAGUCCAUUCACGUUCGCGUGCCCAUACGGGUGGGAGAGAAGAUCAAGCAGGUCCCGAUCUAUCAGAUCCCGCACACCGUCCUUGCGCACCAGAGGCCACGAACGGUCUAUAUGUUCUUCCCGCGGCUCUACGAUGAGAAGCGCCGCAAGAAGGGCCCCGUGCCUCUGCGAGAGGAUCAGAGCCGGUUAUUCUUCGACGGCUUCAUCAGGCCGAGCAUCGAGAAGAUCGGGCCGCACUUUGCGCACCAUUUGCCCGGAAGCUAUGACUCCGCCCGGGCAGCGUCACGUAUCGCCAAGGAGUCCACGGGCUCGGCAGCUGAGGCGCUCGCUCGGGCGGAGCGCGACAUGGCAGCAGACGGGCUCCAGCCCGGCGGUGGGAGCGUGCGGGAGACGGACGAUGCCAGUGGAUUGUGGCAGUUUGGCGAUGCCAUCUUCCUCUGCAGCUACAAGGACACCAAGCUGUGGCACCAGUCUUCCGGCAGCAGCAUCGCGGGGGUGCUGGGAGACUUCCGCGCCAGGUGCGGCGUUGUCAGACUCGAACCGGAGCCGACAGCCAGCAGUUGCAGUGAUAGCCCUGCUCAACGCUGCAAUAGGACAGAACCGACGCCGUGGAGGCAAACCCAACUUGUCGAUGUGGCGUCCGAGUUCCUGCCAACGAGAGGUGGGCAUAACGUUCUGGCUCGGCGGUGCUGCCAGUACAACACCUUGCGUUUUCUCUACGGGCAGUCCAGUGAGGCUCUGCUCGGGAGGGCAGUCCCGCGGGUGGAGGACGUGACUGGCGGCAGCGAGGACGAAGAUGACAGUGACUGGGAUGGUGAGGCAGGUAGAAGCCAGGAAGAUGAGGGGGGUGAGGGUGAACAUGGCUACGACGGAGACGACGGCCGGGCCCCAUGUGAAAGGGGGAGCGAGGAGGAGCAGGCUACAGCAGAGGGUUGGAAGCCUCCCCGGAUCCCGCGCGCCGUGACGACUGAGUACCCGGUACAUAUGCUGCGAGACUCCAUUUCGAUCACCUCGGAGCCCAGGAGGACCAGUCCUAUCUUUAGGCGCGGCGUCUCGUACAUACAGUCCUACACAGUGGAGGAGGGCAACUUCAACGUGGCCGCCGUCUGGGCCUUCUCGCACCCUAAUAUCUUCAACCUCGCCCAUAGCGAUGAGGCCUGGGCGGCAGUGGCCAGAGAGGGUAACAUCAAGGCUAGCCGCCAGGACGCGGAGCGGGCACUAUCGCAGUCGAUCCAGCGCAUGUCCAGCAACCUCGAGGACCCGUCACGGGGGUACGGCUGGCGGGUCGAGCUGCGCAUCACGACAACACUCGCGGCUCAGUUGUGGCCAGCGGAGGAGGCUUGGUGGCGACUGGUCAAGCGGGCAAACCGAUUAUCUGACGAGCCGGGCGCUGUUGCCGUGACACCGGACCGGGAUGCCUUCUACGUGCUCGCGGCUGGGGACUUCAACGCGUUCGUGCGGCAGAAUAUCGACAAGCACCUGCGGCUCAUGGACUACAUCAUGUCGUACUGGGCGCGAGACCCCUCGACCCCGCAGUCGGCGGCAUCGCUCUAUGCCAUCGUGACGCUUGCACUCCGGCAGUUCAUCAAUCAUCAGCCUUAUGCACUCGCCAGGAUACUGUCUGCGCCCCUUACGGCCGCUGCCGGGGGCAGGAUCGGUCUUGAUAUGGCCCGCUCUAGAGAGCGACGGGGGUUCGCCUUCUUCCCGAAAGACGUGGUGGACUGGCACGAGCUUCGGCUCUACGACUGGGCGACGGACCUGCUGCAGGUGCCGCAACUCGUCAUCAAGGCACACUGGCUGGAAGAGGCAUCGCUGCGGCAGUCCCGGCACCUCAUCGACCAGGUGAUCAGCCUCGCCAUCAGUAAGGACAUGCGCACGCGGGAGCAGGCCGAAGAUGUGCUCGGCAUCCUCUCACAGCUCCUGAUUCGCAGCUACAGGACUACUAGUCUCGCAUCCUUUUUCCGUCAAAAAGCCGUCCCCUGCUCAGCCUGCCCAAUCAUUAUCUUGUCUCGUCCUUUUUCACGUCAAUCCCGCUCGGCCCCACACAAGGGCCCGCGUGUGACGGUAGCGUCCGGAGUGCUGGACCCAGGGUGGGGCCGAUACGUAACUAGGGCGCACGGGGCAGGCCACAGGGACUAUCAACGCGUCUACGCGUCUACGCGCCUGCCCGCUUUCUCUCUUUCCUCUCCAUCGUAG